CGCAUGUAUAAUGACCGGGUUAAGAAGGAUGGUAAACAACAGUCUUAAUGUUGAAGCUUCGUCAUUGAAUGAUUUCAAUCCACAAAGUGGUAGCCCAUUACCAAGUCCAGCCAGUACCAUCGAAUCCCUUACCAGAGAGUUAGAGCACUCACUUGAUGUCACCAAUUCCAAUAAAAAGAUAUCGAACCAUCAAGUUAAUGAUAAAUCUAGUCAUCAAAGUAUAAAUUCCUUCUUAUCUAAUAGUAAAAACAAUGUUAAUGGAUCCAACGGUGUUAGUCAUACGAACAAUCAUAAUAAUGCAAUUAUUUUUGAUAAAUUUAGAAAUGGUAGUGGGUUGUCAAGAUCUAACACCACUAUGAGGUCACUUGACUUGUGGAUGGCAACAAAAGGUAAAUAUGUUGUGAAACCACAAGAUGAAGACAAGUCUCGUGCUGAAGGACCAUCACCAGAAGAACUAGAACGAAUUGAGCGCCUCAAACAUGAAGUAUUACAUUGUGUUCGGGCUCCAAAUUUGAGUGGUCAAAGCGGCCAUUCAAGUUUGGGCCCGAGUUUAAAAUAUUAUAGUCCACAAAAUUCAAAAGAAAGACGAAAAUCCGCAGGAGAUGAAGACCUACUUAAGCAAUUAAACAUGUAUGUUCGCACAAGAACAGAUUCUGGAAAGGAAUUGACAGAUAUGGAAAUUCUGGAACAAGUUACCGUAUUAAAUUUAGACACUGGUGAGCGCGUGCCACUGAGUGUAGCCGAAGACAAAUUACCACAAUGUAUAAAUCCUUUAUCUUUGCAUAUUAUGAGGUUGACAAGUGAGUAUGUUAGUACAAAUAGUCUUAAUAAACAAGGAGAGAGUGAUGAGGAAAGCAUGACCGGACCUACACAAGGUAUGGGAUUAGGAGAAGGUGAAACUGAAAGUGAAGAAGCAAGCAAGUUGCGCAGAGGAACAGCUAGACUCAAACGAUUCCUUGGGUCAACUGUAAAGAAAACAAUGGAUAAAGCGAAAUCAAUAGCACAUUCUAGACACAGAGAUGAUGUUACAGACGUUGAUGAAUUGUCAAGUCCGGGAGAACCUAGUCUAAAGUUCAAAAAUUCAGCCUCUCACAAAGGACCAUAUGAAUUUGAUAGCAUUCAACGUGUUCAAGAAUUGUCUGGACAGCAUGUGGGUCCUGUGUGGUGCAUGAAAUUCAGUACAUGCGGAAGAUUACUAGCAACUGCAGGUCAGGAUAGAUUAUUAAGAGUUUGGGUACUAAGAGAUGCAUACACAUUUUUCCAAGAUAUGCGAACUAAAUAUAAUGCAGAUCAGAAAGUAUCACCUACCCCAUCUCAAGAGUCUUUAGUAUCCCAACAUUCAGCAGAAGAACUCGGAAAUUUGGAUGGUACUGGACCAUUUAUGCCAAGGCCUUUUUGUUCAUAUUCAGGGCAUACUUCCGAUUUAUUAGAUGUAUCAUGGUCAAAGAACUAUUUUGUACUAUCUAGUUCAAUGGAUAAAACUGUUCGAUUAUGGCAUAUAUCUAGAAAAGAGUGUUUAUGCUGUUUUCAACAUAUUGAUUUUGUAACGGCUAUUGUAUUUCAUCCCAGGGAUGAUAGAUAUUUCUUGAGUGGAAGCCUUGAUGGCAAACUUAGGCUAUGGAAUAUACCUGAUAAGAAAGUAGCAGUUUGGAAUGAAGUUGAUGGUCAAACUAAAUUAAUUACAGCAGCUAAUUUUUGUCAAAAUGGUCAAUUUGCAGUAGUAGGUUCCUAUGAUGGACGUUGCAUAUUCUACACGACUGAUCAGUUGAAAUAUCACACUCAAAUCCAUGUACGAUCAACGAGAGGCAAAAAUGCAACUGGAAGGAAAAUUAGUGGCAUUGAACCAAUGCCAGGUGAAGAUAACAUGCAUAAAAUUUUGGUAACAUCAAAUGACAGUAGGAUUCGAUUGUAUGAUUUGCAUGAAUUAAAUCUCUCAUGCAAAUAUAAAGGGUAUAUGAAUGUAUCCAGUCAAAUAAAAGCAUCAUUUAGUCACGAUGGUAAAUAUAUCGUAAGUGGCUCAGAAAAUCAGUGCAUUUAUAUUUGGAAGACCCACCAUGACUACUCCAAAUUUAGUUCGGUAAGAAGAGAUAGAAAUGAUUUCUGGGAAGGAAUAAAAGCCCAUAAUGCCGUUGUAACUUGUGCUGUAUUUGCACCUCAUCCUGAUUCUAUUAUUAAAUUAGUGGAGGAACGCGAAGGAGCGUCAGCUAACAACGGGUCUCAGACAUAUUUAUCAGAAACAUCUAACAAGGUGGAGGACCCGAUGGUGGAGCAGCGAACACGCGGCUGCGGUGGACACGUGUUAGUAAGUGCCGAUUUUAACGGUUGCAUCAAAGUUUUUAUUAACAAAACGAAACCUAAACACAGCUCAUUACCAGCAUCGGCGCUCGCAUAAUUAAAACGAUAUAAUCCUUAGAUCACUAAUACAAUGAAUUUCAAACUAACAUUGUUUCGGUGUUGUAACAUGUUAUAUUCUGGAUAUUU